AUGAACAAAUCUCAGGGGCCAGUGUCAUUCACGGACGUGACCGUGGACUUCACCCAGGAGGAGUGGGAGCGGCUGGCCCCGGCGCAGCGGGUCCUGUACAUGGACGUGAUGCUGGAGAACUACAGCCACCUGCUGUCUGUGGAGGUGUGGAAGGCCGACGACCAGGCGCAGAGGGAGCUCGGUGACCCCGAGGAGCAGGCGAGGCCGUUCAUAAUCUGCCAGAACCACACCCCCGUCGAGGAAAGAAGUGAUCUCUUUGAAAAACCACUCAGCCUGAGCGCAGACUUUGUUUCUCUAAGACAAGUGCCCUAUAAAUAUGACUUAUAUGAAAAAACUCUGAAAUACAGUUCGGACUUACUUAACGGUAACAGCUAUAUCAGGAAGCAGGCUGAUGAGUAUGACGAGUUUGGAAAAGCCCUUCUCUAUCUGAAGCAAGAGAAAACCCAUCCUGAAAUGGAAUAUGCAGAAUAUAACAAAAUUGGGAAAGCUUUCAGCCAUAAAGAAGCCAUUUUUAAACAUCAGAAAAUUAGAAAUUUGGUACAACCCUUCCUUUGUAAUUACUGCGACAAGGCUUUCUCCUUUAAGUCACUCCUCAUCAGUCAUAAGAGAAUACAUACUGGAGAAAAACCGUAUGAGUGCAAUGUCUGUAAGAAAACCUUCUCCCACAAGGCAAACCUCAUCAAGCAUCAGAGAAUCCAUACCGGGGAGAAACCCUUCGAAUGUCUCGAGUGUGGGAAAGCCUUCACCCACCAGUCCAACCUCAUUGUACACCAGCGGGCACACAUGGAGAAGAAGCCCUAUGAGUGCGGCGAGUGUGGCAAGACCUUUGCCCAGAAGUUCGAACUCACGACACACCAGAGAAUUCACACGGGGGAGCGACCCUACGAGUGUAAUGAAUGUGCAAAAACCUUUUUCAAGAAAUCAAACCUCAUUAUACAUCAGAAAAUUCACACGGGGGAGAAGCGCUACGAGUGCAGCGAGUGCGGGAAAUCCUUUAUCCAGAACUCACAGCUCAUCAUACACAUGAGAACGCACACGGGGGAGAAGCCCUAUGAGUGUACGGAAUGCGGCAAAACGUUCAGCCAGCGGUCAACUCUCAGGCUACACCUGCGGAUCCACACGGGGGAGAAGCCCUACGAGUGUUCUCAGUGCGGGAAGGCCUUCAGCAGGAAGUCCCGGCUCAGCGUCCACCUCCGAGUUCACAUAGAGGACAAACCCUGA